AUGUUCUUGCUGAGCGACAGCGUCAAAGAUCAGCUGCUGGUCACCAUCCAGAAAACCUUCAACUACAGCCGCAGCCAGGCGCAGCAGAUCUUCCUUAUGGUGAUGGAGUGCAUGAAGAAGAGAGCGCUGAUCACAGUGUUCAGGAUGGGCUCAGAGGGACAGCAGGACAUUGAGAUGUCCAUCCUGACAGCUCUACUCAAAGGUACGAAUGCGUCGGCGUCGGAUCAGUUGAGUUUGGCUCUGGCGUGGAACAGGGUGGAUAUCGCUCGCAGUCAGAUCUUCGUGUAUGGUCACCACUGGCCUCCAGUGAAGUCAUCAAACAGCGAGCGGCCGAAGAGUCCGGUGGCCCAGCGAGCAGCAGCCGGCGGAGGAGCAGCAGGGAAAGGAAAAGCCCGCGGGAAGAAAGGGAAAGGAGGCAAAACUAAACCUGAACCACCGGAAGAGACCGACCCCAGGAAGCUGGAACUGCUCAACUGGGUGAACUCUCUGGAGCAGGCCAUGAUGGACGCGUUGGUGUUGGACAGGGUGAACUUUGUGAAGCUGCUAAUUGAGAACGGAGUCAACAUCCAUCACUUCCUCACGAUCCCUCGUCUGGAGGAGCUGUACAACACGAAACUGGGUCCGGCCAACACGCUACACUUUGUGGUCAGAGACGUGAAGAAGGGGAAUCUGCCUCCGGACUACCAGAUCACAUUGAUCGACAUCGGCCUGGUGCUGGAACUGCUGAUGGGGGGGGCGUACCGCUGCAUCUACACCAGGAAGAGCUUCAGGACGCUGUACAACAACCUGUACGGCCUUAAGAGGGACGACGAGCCGCGUGCGAAGGGCAAAGGGAAGAAGAACAAGAAAAAGGAGGAGGAGGUGGACAUCGACGUGGACGACCCCGAGGUCAGCAGGUUUCAGUACCCGUUCCACGAGCUCAUGGUGUGGGCCGUGCUGAUGAAGCGCCAGAAGAUGGCACUGUUCCUGUGGCAGCGCGGUGAGGAGGCCAUGGCCAAAGCUCUGGUGGCCUGUAAACUGUACAAGGCCAUGGCCCACGAGUCGUCCCAAAGCGAGCUGGUGGAUGACAUCUACCAGGACCUAGAGAACAACUCCAAGGAGUUUGGUCAGCUGGCCUAUGAGUUGUUGGAUCAGUCAUACAAACAUGACGAGCAGGUGGCAAUGAAGCUGCUGACGUACGAGCUGAAGAACUGGAGUAACUCCACCUGCCUGAAAUUGGCUGUCGCCGCCAAACACCGAGACUUCAUCGCUCACACCUGCAGCCAGAUGCUGCUGACCGACAUGUGGAUGGGCUGUCUGAGGAUGGGCAAGAGCAACAGCCUGGAGGUGAUUUUAGGGAUAAUUUUCCCUCCUUUGAUUCUCCUCAUGGAGUUUCGUCUUGGAGACGAAGCUUCGCAUCAUUCUUUCAAAGACAACGACGACAGCAAAACUAAAGAGGACGACAAAUCCAGCAAGGACGCCCUGUCCAACGUCGACACUACGUCAAAGAAAGGAGACGAAGAAGAAGACCAGAAGAAACACAGGAGGACUCCCAUUGGGAGGAAGAUCUACGAGUUCUACAGCGCUCCUUUCACCAAGUUCUGGUUCAACACGAUCUCGUACCUGGUCUACCUGGCGCUGUAUAACUACAUCAUCCUGGUGAAGAUGGAGCGAUGGCCGUCUCUGCAGGAGUGGAUCGUCAUCUCGUACAUCAUCACUCUGGGACUGGAGAAAGUCCGACAGAUCCUGAUGUCGGAGCCGGGGAAACUCAAGCAGAAGAUCAACGUGUGGCUGGAGGAUUACUGGAAUAUCACUGACCUGGCGGCCAUCUCCGUCUUCCUGCUGGGGUUACUGCUGCGGCUGCAGAACGAACCCUCCAUGGGCUACGGGCGCGUCAUCUACUGCGUGGACAUCAUCUUCUGGUACAUCCGCGUUCUCGACAUCUUCGGGGUCAACAAGUACCUGGGACCCUACGUCAUGAUGAUCGGCAAAAUGAUGAUUGACAUGCUGUACUUCGUGGUCAUCAUGCUCGUGGUGCUGAUGAGCUUCGGCGUGGCGCGGCAGGCCAUCCUGCACCCGGAUGAGGAGCCGACGUGGCGUCUGGCCAAGAAUAUCUUCUACAUGCCGUACUGGAUGAUCUACGGAGAAGUGUUUGCAGAUUCCAUAGACCCUCCGUGUGGAGACAACUUGUACGAUGAAGACGGGAAGAAGCUUCCUCCCUGUAUCCCCGGGGCCUGGCUCACUCCGGCCAUCAUGGCCUGUUACCUGCUGGUUGCCAACAUCCUGCUGGUCAACCUGCUCAUUGCUGUCUUCAACAACACAUUCUUCGAGGUGAAGUCCAUCUCCAAUCAGGUGUGGAAGUUCCAGCGGUAUCAGCUGAUAAUGAACUUCCACGACCGGCCCAUCCUGCCCCCCCCGCUCAUCGUCUUCCCCCACAUCUACAUCGUACUGAGGCGGCUGUGCUGCCGCUGCAGACGCAGGCCUGAGGGCGAGCGCGACGACCGGGAGAGACGCCUCCAGCUGGUGCUUAGUGCGGACGAGCUGAAAAGUCUGCAUGAGUUCGAGGAGCAGUGUGUGGAGGAAUACUUCAGAGAGAAAGACGACGAGAAACAAUCGUCCAACAACGAGAGAAUCCGAGUGACAUCUGAGAGGGUGGAGAACAUGUUCAUGCGUCUGGAGGAGGUGAACGAGAGGGAACAUUCCAUGAAGGCGUCGCUGCAGACGGUGGACCUCCGCCUGGGUCAGUUGGAGGAGUUCUCCGGCCGGAUGAUGAAUGCCCUGGAGAAGCUGGCUGGGGUCGACGGGGCCGAGCUGGUGCGCACGCACUCCAGAGGCUCGUCCGUCUGCGAACCGGCCGCUCUGCUGAGACACGGCAGCAUGAACAGCAGCGACGGGUACAGUCUGUACCGCUACCAGCUGGAGCACGACGAGCGCACCUCCGUGUCCGGAGACCUGGAGGGGGGUGACAGGAAGCUCCAGCCGAGCCCAGAGAGACAAGAGGGAAACCCAGAGGGAGGAACAACGACAGGUGACAUGAAGGAAUUUGGCUUGACGCUGGAGGUGCGAGGACUGAGAGAGAGGACACAGUCUCUGUCCAACGUGGACAUCCUGAUCUCCCCCUGCGCCUCUGACCUAAGACCCCCCCCCACUGCUGACUUGACGGACGCUAACGCGGAAAAGCUGGCAGAGAAAACCCGGCUGGAGGCGGCGGCGUCCUUCCCUCUAGAGAGGUCAAAGGUCACGCAGUAUUUAGUCUCUCCGACCCUCAGCAGCUCGCCCUCCGCCAACAGGAAAUCCAUCAGUAGCAUCGUCGUCUACAGCCCCGCCCAUCAGGAGAAGAAUGGUGAAAAAUCCAAACAAGAAGUGGAGGAAAGAGAACAGGGGGGUGAGGCAGGCAAUAGUAACCAUGGUGACGGAGGGGGGGGAGGAUCCGGCGGAGGAGCUGCUGGUGGCAGAGGACAAGAUGUACCCGACGCUGCGCUCCAAGAGUCUGAACAUCAACCCGAGGAAAACGAAGAAGAAGGAGAACGAGGAGAGCGAGGAGACGCCGCUCUCGACCGGCAGCAUGAGAGACCUGCUGUCAACAUUCAGCGGGGGGGAGGCACAGACUAG